AUGGCUGCGCUCUAUGAACGGAGCCUGUUGGCCCCGCAACUGCUUGGGCUGGCAAGAAAUCUUCUGAGAACGUUGACAGGAGAUGAUCAUAAUCGGCCGCAACAAACUCUGCGGAAGGGUCGCAAGGCUGCGAUGCUGAUUCUUGCUUUCCUCGAUGACAGUGCUUCUCCGGAUACGCUGUUGAAUUCAUUCGUCUUCUACCUCUUCGACCACCUAUAUGCCUCUCUCGGAGUUGACAUCGACAUCAAGCUCGCCUUGUCCGACCUAGGAUCGCUUCCUUCAUGGGAACUGGAAAAACUCGACACUCUGGACAAGACUCUGUACAGUUUUCUUGAGACCUUUACUAGAGGAGUCGAGCCGCUAAAAUAUGCAUCAAAGCAUGGUCAUACGGCAGCGGUCAAGCUGCUAAUCUCCACGGAGAGACUUGAGAUUAACACUCAAACAUGCGAUCCGGACGAUCCGCAGCCACUCUCAUUGGCCGCACGGAACGGACAUGAGGCAAUAGUCGAUAUGUUGCUCACCACGGAGGGUAUUGACCCUGACCACCGCGAGGAAAUCUGGGAAGGCAAGACAGCGCUGUUGUUAGCAGCACAGCAUGGGCACGAAGAAGUUGUCAGGCUGUUGCUUGCCGCACCGAGUGUCGACCCCAAUACCGAAGACUGGAGCUACCAGACAGCACUCUUGUUAGCCUCACGCAAUGGACACGAUGCCGUGGCUGAGCUGUUACUAUCGGAAGUGGCAGCCGAGCUUGGGCACGACGCAGUCAUCAGGCUACUGCUAGCUGUGGAGAAUAGCCGUCCAGAGAUCCAAAACUCUCGAGGUGAGACAGCCUUGUCGGUGGCCGCAGAACUUGGCCAUGCGGCCAUAGUCAAACUCCUCCUUGCCACCAAUGGCGUUGAGCCUAGUGGUAAGGACUCGGACGGACAUACACCACUCUGGUGGGCGGCAAGAAAUGGUCAUACUGCGGUCGCGAAGCUCUUAUUGGCUGCGGAUGAUAUGGAUCCCGACUCGAAGGGCGCCGAUGGCUACACAUCCCUAUCGUGGGCAGCGCGACAUGGUCGUGAGGAAGUGGUGAAUAUAUUGCUCGCAACGGAUAGCGUAAGCCCUGAUGCGAGGGCCUCAGAUGGGCGCACACCUCUCUCGUUCGCGGCUGAGGCUGGGCACGAGGCAGUGGUCAAGGUAUUGCUUACCACGAAGGGCGUUGAUCCAAAUUCUUCGGAUUCUAAAGGGCGCACGCCGAUAUGGUGGGCCGCGUGCAACGGGAAGGAGGCUACAGUCAGAGCACUGCUUGUAACGGAGAACCUCAGCUCAGAUUCUCAAGAUUCUGGCGGGGAGACGCCCUUAAAUUGCGCGGCACGGAUGGGGCAUAAGGAAAUAGUGCGACUGUUUCUUGCCACUGAUGGCGUGAGUACUAAUUCCAAGGACUCCCAGGGGCGCACACCAUUGUGGUGGGAGGUGUAUCACGGGCAUAAUGGAGUGGUCAAGGAUCUGAUUGCCAUACAAAGCGUUGAUCCUGACCCUACGAGUUCUGACCGGCAGACGCCUUUGCUAUACGCCGCGGAAUCUGGAAACGAUUUCUUGGUAAAGCUAUUACUCUCCACCAAACGCGUAAACCCUGAAUCUCGGAACACCAAUGGAGAGACACCUUUAUGGCGGGCCGCACGAAAUGGUCACCAGGCAGUAGUGAGGAUACUACUUGCAGAGGGCGCCAACCCCGAAUCUAAGAAUGCUGCUGGAGAGACACCACUGUUAUUGGCAGCACAAAACGGCCACGACGCGGUGGUCAAGCUUCUUCUUGAGAGCGGGGUCCACUCUGAGCCCCAGAAUCCCGACAGGGAGACGCCACUGUGGUUAGCAGCACAAAACGGGCACAAGACGGUGGUUGAGCUGCUUCUCGCGACGCCCGGGGUCAAUCCUGAUUUCAGGGACUCUAGGGGAGAGACGCCGCUAUGGUGGGAAGCACGGAAUGGGCACGCAAUAUCAGUCAAUCUGCUGCUUGCAAUGGGAGUUCCUCCGGAUUCCGAAAAUGCAGAUGGCCAGACGCCCCUAUCUUGUGCGGCAGAAUUUGGGCAUGAAGCUGUAGUCAAACUGCUUCUUGCUAUAGGUGUUAACCCUAACUCUCAGGGUUCGAGUGGAGAGACGCCGCUUUCCUUAGCGACCGAGAACGGACAUGAGGCCGUGGUCAAGCUGCUUCGUGAGGCAAACGUAUAG